AUUGAUGAGUCUACUUGUGUAACCUAAUGUACUGCCUCUAUUGAGUUUCUGUUAUUGAGGGGUUGUGGUUAUGUUUGAAUACAGAACAUGAAUAUGGAACAGGCUUGCAGAGGAAGUCAUUGUGCCUGUGCCUAUCACACGUGACACUUUAUGUGAAUGUCAGAUGUCUUCAAAAUAAAUGAUAAUGUUUUCAUAGAAAUAUGUCAACUUCGGAGCCUUCAUUUUAUGUGGUUAAAUAUGAUCUUUUAAUAAUAGAUAACAGCCGUUCUGCAGACAACACAACGUGCUGAAUGUUCGUUCGUUCCCCGCAGGACUCGCGAGACUUGGAGUGAUGUUGCUUCUGCAGAUAGCUAUCCAGCUAGUAGCCGAGUUAGCUGCAUGAAACCCCAGACCUUUCCACUCAGUGCCCAAUAGUAUGGAUCCCUCGAGGCUGACAGGAUCGCUGAACUCUUUUCAGAUGGCAAAUGACGAGGAUUUAUGCCUAGACCUGCUAUCUACGGACGCAGUUGUUGGGGACCCUCUGUCUAUGGAAUCCGGGAUUAAUUUGCUGUCUGCACAGGUCGCUAUGGUGCCUCUGCCUGUAGAACCUGGUACGGGCCUUCUCUCUACACACGCCGGGGUGAACUCCUUGUCUACCGACGCUGAGAUGGACCAACUGUCCUCGCACGCGGACUUGGACCCUCUUUCUACUGAAGCGGGAAUGGGCCUUUUAUCGUUACAGGCAGGUGUUAGCAUUCUGACCGCUCACGCCGAUAUGGACCUCCUGAGUUCGCAUUCUAAUAUGGAACCUCUAACGGAUCUGGGUGCACCCGCUAGUGUCGGUGGUCUGCCGGAGACUAACUCGGCGGGAACCGGGGACUAUUGUAUGGAGCGUGAGGCCCGUGGUGGGCCGGUCCUGACCCAGUCGGAGAGGGAGAGGCUGAAAACGCAGGAUAGCUUGAGCAUCUUGGGAGAUCCAGACUCCCUGGAGCUUUCCAAGGCGCAGGUGGAGGAGUUCUACAGCCACAAGCAUCCAGAGCCUUCAGGUCCAUCCACCAGCUUCAGUGAGGAUAAGUGCCAGUGGUUUUCUGAGGCUAUGUCAGACAAGGUAGACCCUGAUAGAGAUAGACUACAGGGGUCUCAGGAAGCCAGAGUCGGUGCUGUCCGUGGGAAAGAGACCGGCGAGGCGCUGAAGCAGAGCGAUUCUGUUUCCCAAACUUCAACUUUAAACACGCCAUGUGGAACGUCCCAGUUUGAAAACGGCACAGGGAAGGAACACGCUUUUUCAGAACUUGAAAUGGAGGUGGACGGGGUCAGAAGAGUGUCCAGCCCAGACGAGCCCAUCGUAAUCACGGAUGUGAGAGCCCUGCCGGUGAGCGAGCUGUACGGCCAGGAAGACGUGAACAUGGCGAGCGGUGGGGAGCUACCAGGUGAGGGCAGCCUGUCCUCACAAACCUUCACCACCGAACCACACACAGCCAACGAGGGCCAUGCUGGUGCUAAUGACACAACAGUCAUUGAAGAUUCUCCAACCCUGCAUAAGAGGCCUGGAGUGGCAAGCCAGGACUCGUCUAACGAUGCAGUGCAGCUGGUGGAAGACGAUGCUCCAGGGGACGUAGUGGAAGUCUCGAAGGACGUGACCUCCGACCGGCCCACUGGCCUCCGUCGUUCCUCCAGGACGGUGAAGCCCGUCCUGCCCAGCGCCCCCCCAGCCCCCGCCCGCCCCCUCGCCAGCCAGCCCCCCGGCUCCGCCCGAAUGCUGCCACACAAGCCUCCGACAGAGCAGUCUGAGCUGUCUUCCUUCACCUGUGCCAACUGCUCCGAGUCUCUGAAGAGCGGCCAGACAGCCUACCAGCGGCGGGGUCUGCCCCAGCUCUUCUGCAGCUCUGUGUGCCUGUCCUCCUUUGGCAGGAAACCCCCUCGGAAAAACCCCUGUGCUCACUGUCGAAGCGAUAUGACGAAUAACAAGAACUCCACGAUAGCGCAGAUCGGCCAGUCCUUCCAUGAGUUCUGCAGUGGCGCGUGCCUGGCCCAGUACGAGGCGCGGGCGCAGGAGACGCCCCCCCACGACCCUGCGCCCCUCUCCAGGAGGUGCAGCGUGUGUAGCCGGGCCCGGGAGAUCAUCCACGAGGUUAGCACCGGGAACGUGGUGCAUCAUCUGUGCAGCAACGCCUGUUUCAACACCUUCCGGGCGUCCAAGGGGCUGAAGACCAACUGCUGCGAUGCCUGUGGCACCUACAUCAACAUGUCGGCCUGCAGACCAGAGUACCUGCUCCACGACGGCGUACAGAGGAGGUUCUGCAACUCCUCCUGUGUCAAGCUCUACAAGAUGAAGAACACCAAGGUGUUGUCGUGCCAGUGGUGUAAGACUCUUGGUCAGAAGUUUGAAAUGCUGUCGAACGUGGACGCCGGUGGGAAUAUCCAACACUUCUGUUCCACCUGCUGUAUCACGUCAUACAAAGUGAAAACGUCUGUCAACGCAGUUCCUCAGUAUCCUUGCGUCUUCUGCAAAAGAUCUCUCCGUGAACCUGCGUACUUCUGCAAGGAAAACAAGACAGUAUACGCAUUCUGCAGCCCGGGGUGUUGGAUCAAAUUUCAGAGCCACAAUCCAGAUGGUGUCAUCCAUUUAAACUGCCAAUCCUGCCACGACAUGUUCACAUGGAAACCAGAAGUCUUAGAAUGGCAGAACUCCAUGUAUCAGUUCUGCAGCAAAGACUGCAGUAGGGCCUACAAGGGCCUGCACGGGGUGAUCACGUCAUGUGCGCAGUGCAAGCAGGAGAAAGUCCUACACAAGAAGAUGAUGUUUUCAGGGGUGGAGAAGGCUUUCUGCAGUAACGCCUGCGGCGUGCUGUACAAACAGGACGUCACCAGACGUCUGGGAGCUAUGUCUGUGGACUGCUCCUACUGCUCCCAGACCUGUGUCCCCACGGUCACAGACGAACAAGGGGACAAGAAGUGGGCCUUCUGUGCCCUGGACUGCAAGAGGAAAUACCUCCGCCUACACCUGAACAUGUCGUUCUGCCACUUGUGUCAACGCCAAGGGAAACUCCAUGAGAAUCUGCUGUGGAAGGGCGACCUUAAACACUUCUGCAACCACCAGUGCCUGCUCUACUUCUGCAGCCAGCACAACCAGCCCAACCCUCAAGGACUUUCCCAAGGGCCCAAGUCCCCCCCUGCUGCUACCAGGAAAAGUGAAUCGCAGGCUCCUGCAAAGCUGAGGUCUACGUCCAGGCCUGAAUCUGCAGCUGUUUCUUCCCUCGCUCCUUCCCCCACGUCCCAGAAGAACAAGUCGUCCAUGUGCAAGCCCAUGGUGGAAACCAUCGCCAUCACCUGUAAACCUGAGACCAAGACCCAGAGCUGCCAGACAGAUGACUACCUGCUGGCUCCGCCCCUAGUGUUGCCCAUCCCAGUGCCUGUGUAUGUUCCCCUGCCUCUGCAGAUGUACUGUCAGUCCACUCCCAUCACCCUGGCCUGGCCCCUGCCCCUCCCGGUGCCUGUGUUCCUACCCAGCACGCUGGACCAGAUCAUGGAGACCAUCAAGGAACUCAAGCUCAGCCUGCCCUACCAGCCGCCUGGGGCUGACGUCACCGCUGAGGGCGAGGCUGAGGCUCAGGGAGAGGCUAAGGGCGAGGCUGACAUCACCAGCGAGGCUGAGGAUGAGGCUGAUAUCACCAGCGAGGCUGAAGACAAGGCUGAAGGCAAGGCUGAAGGCAAGGCUGAAGGCAAGGCUGAAGGCAAGGCUGAAGGCAAGGCUGAAGGCAAGGCUGACAUCACCAGUGAGGCUGAGGACGAGGCUGAGGACGAGGCUGAUAUAACCAGCGAGGCUGAGGACGAGGCUGAAGGCAAGGCUGACAUCACCAGCGAGGCUGAAGGCAAGGCUGACAUCACCAGUGAGGCUGAGGACGAGGCUGAGGACAAGGCUGACAUCACCAGCGAGGCUGAGGACGAGGGAGAGGAUGAGGCUCAGGGAGAGGCUGAGGGUGAGGCCGGGCCCUGUCUCAACCCCAGUGGUGGGAGCCGUGAUGCGGAGCAGGAAGAGGAGCCUGUGCCGGCCCCCCAGGCCCUCCUGACCUCUGACCUGGACGUGGAGGACAUGGUGUCUGAGCCAGGCUCUGCUGACCCGCUCCUCACAGGCCCUCAGGGGGGGCAUGCUGGCUCUGACGGUGGAGCAGUAGAGCUUCCAUCAGGCACACCAGAGGAGAGCCCUACUGUCGUGGCCCUCAAGGGUUCGAAGAGGCAGGCGAUGUCGGGCGUGGUUGUCCGGGACCCCCUGGACAGCCAGGCUCCAGGCCCUGGGCUGGACAGCUCCUGUGGGGUCCAGGCCUGGAGGGCCUGGGUGGAGACCCAGCGCUCUGGAGGUGGGCACAGAAAAGAGAACCCUGUAGAUCUGCAGGAGGAUCUUUUGUCCUGCUCUCCGUCGGAGCUCAACCAAGGCCUGUCCCAGUUUGUCCAGGACGUGGUGAGCCCCAGAGGACCCUGCUUCCAGCCUCCCAGCGUCUUCUAUCUGUGUCUGGGCAUCCAGCAGUUCCUCCUUGAAAACAGCCGCAUGGUCAACAUCUUCACGGACCAGGUGUACAGCAGCUUUGCCAGGCAGCUGGAUGGAGUCCUCAGUGGCUGGGUUCCUCUGCUCAACACAGACGGUGAUCCUGUGUCUCGUGUUGUGGAGGAGCACCUGUGGGAGUGUAAGCAGCUGGGAGUGUACUCUCCCUUUGUGCUGCUCAACACGCUCAUGUUCUUCAACACCAAGUUCUUCCACCUGCGCACCGUGGAGCAGCACCUGCAGCUGUCCUUCGACAACGUCGUCCGCCGGACCAAGAAGGGCCCCACCGCCAAGCUGGCCAGCGUGUGUUACCGCCCCCGCACACGCUACAAGAAACACACCAGCAGAGAGUACACCCUGGGUAAAAGGAAACGAGAAGACGAGGAGGAACUGGAGCAGGAGGAGAACCGCAUGAACCCCCUCAGAUGCCCCGUCAAGUUCUUUGAAUUCUACCUCUCCAAAUGCCCCAACGGCGUGCUCAGCAGUUCCACCUCCAUCUACCUGCUUCCGGAGAGAACCUGCACCAUCGACAGCGACCUGUGGUACUCCGAGACGCCCAUGUCCAGGGGAAUGCUCGGAGUCCUGCUCAACCGCAUCCUGGCUGUGAGGGACAUUUCUGGGGAGCCCUCGGGACAGCACAACACGGACUGAACCAGCACACAGCAGCACCGGGGAUACGCUUGUGGUACAAAAGGUGCCAGACUUCUUUUUCCGUUUCCUUGGCAAGAUACAGUACUAACACCAUUUGUAGUAACUUGAUAAAUGUAAUGACACCGUGUUAUGGUUUAGUCACUUCAGUUUAUUGUAAUCAGGGCAAUGAGGAGGGAAGUGUUUCCCGGGACAAGUGGAUGGUAGUUUGGUCAUUAGUGGCAUCUUGUGUUGCCCCUGUAGGCCACAUGCCUACCUGAGAAGAUCCCUGAUCCUCCUGUAGGUUAUCACUAGUGAAUAAUGUCACACUAAGGUAGUUGAACCACAUUUUAUGUUUUUACAAGAAAACUGUACUUUAUACUUUGUACAUGUCAAAUGCCACCAUGUUCUACUGGAAUAACAACCAGACAAGUUGUUUUGGUGAGUUUGGAACAGCGCGUGUUGUGUGUGCCAUGGUUUGGAAGAGAAGGAAUGCAGACGUUCUGGAAUGGAUCAUUUGUUUAUAUUGUAUUGGAGAUCUAUUUUUAUUACACAUUUUUAUAGAGAACUGCAUUUUACUUAAAAUUCAUUUAUUUAAAAUGAAAAUGUAAUGCAAUACUGGUCUCCUUUUCAUUCCGAAGCAGAUUUGUAACUAUAUAAUUGAUGGCACUGUAUAUUAUCAAACAGUUGAGUUUCAAAUCUGCACUGAAAAAGGACAGUCUAUGGAAAUGAAUACCUGUACAGUAAUAACAACCUCUCACCUACAUUAGUUGUUGUUGGGUUAUUUAAUCAUAAAACAGAUGUUGCCAUUCAUUAAACCACAUCAACCUUGAA